AUGGGGGUCAACACCCGCAGACCCGUCCUUCCCGCCCCUACAGAAUCUCUCGUCGACACCAACGGUGGCAGCGUCACGGGCACAGAUUUGGCAACUGACAUUUCUCGCCGCACAGACAAGACGUCUUACUCGAUCCCGGACGACGGAAGCCCUGUCACGCUUUCCACCCGGCGCCAUCGGGACCGGGACGACAAGCUGUCUCAUUCACACCGCGACUCGCAGACUUCCCUCCUCAUCGAAUACUUUGAGGGUGGGAAGGGUGCCAGCGGAAUUACAUCUCGACCUAGUGUACGAGUACGAGUCACCCCCUCGGGUAGCCGAAAGUUGAAGGACAAGGAUCACAUCCAAAUCACCGAAUCUGGUUCUGGUCGCAAGCCCUCAUAUACUCGUCGCAUCUCGCUCACGUCGCCAUCUUCCAAACCACGUCAGCUCACCGAAUCGAAUUUGGAAUUGGAGGAUCAGAGUGGCAGCGACAGUAAUUCUGCCGAAGAAGGUCAACGCCCGUCAUCACGACACCUACCGGUCGAAAUCGAAUUCAUGAAUCGCGACCAGGGAAGCGAAGUAUCGGCAUUUUCGCGUGAUGCCCGAUACAUGCCCACCUCGGAUGUCUCAUCCAUGCCGGCGGACAGCAUGUUGGAAGGUGCCUCGUCGGCAGGGCCUCGACGAAAGCGCAGCCAAAGCCUCGAACGUGGUGCCAAACGGGAAACCAAAAAUUUACUCAAGACUCCGUCCCGACAACGCAGUCGCAGCUUGAGUCAUGAGCGGAUCGUUAGUCGGGUUGCUGAGAAGCUCAACGAGUCGCCCCAUGAGGUUUCGAGCAAAAAGAGCAAAAGCAAAAGCAGAAGCAAGAAUGCUGGUAAAGAUUACCUCGACGCUGAACCGACGAAGCCAUCAUCACGCCGGAGGCGACAUGUGACAGAAGAUGAAUAUAUUCCGAGCCCGGAAUCCAGCCUACUAAGCACGUCCGCUGUCUCUUCAAAUCGCAAGUCCGACGCAUACUCUGUUCGAUCCGGCGCCUCAAAAUCUUCCAUCAACAAUCCAAAGCUCUUGGAGACGGUUGAAGAUGCGAUCAGACGAUUAAUUCUUCCGGAGCUGAAAGAGCUCAAGAAGGAUCAAAAGGUGAUGUCCAACACAUCCAAGUUCGACCGAGACAUGACGACUUCAUAUUCAUCCACCAGUUCUCGCGAUGAACUGGGUCGGCGCCUGUCAAAGCAUGCGAGUGCGCCAGAUGUCAUGAAGCCCAAGGUCGUUCUGAACAAGAAUAGCAAAGACGAGGGCAUUGUUCUUGCUGGCGAGCCCGUUCCCCAAAAGAAAGAGCGCAAAUUAAGCAAGAGCAGUGACGCCUCUGAUGCUGGAUGGGUGAAGUAUAACCGACCAGACCUUACGGAACAAGAAAAACUUCGCAGGCAAAAAAGUAAAGGUCUCCGUGAUGCACAUGCGGCAGCACGGGUGGGCACAGCUUUGACAUCGGCAUCUCUCAGACAUCACGAUUCCCAGUCCAGUAUCGGGAAGAAAGAACGGAGAGCCAGCGGCUCCCAGAGAAGCGUGGAUCCCGAGGGAUACAAUGAAACCGAGCUCGUUUUCCAAAAACACAACGUGCCCGCCAUGCCUAUGCACAGUGAAAUGGACUCGGAGUUGACCCGCGCAUCGUUGCUAUCGGAGCGAACAGAGAGCCCUAUCCCUCGCAAGAGGCUUUCCCAGGCGGAAAUCUCUCGUGGCUCGCCGCGACAAGUCGCCUCUCCAACUGCUCGUACCCCUACCCGGACUCCCUUGGACUCGCGGUACGAACUUGGCAUGCGCCAUGGCAACCAGUCACAACGUGAUAUCUCCCUCCACAGUACAUCCGAUCGUGACCUCCAUGCCAAGAGCCAGUCGCCCGCAAGCGAUGAGGGUCAUUGGGCUAUUGCCGAAGCUGCAGCCGCCAAUUUGCUGGAUGCUUCUCAUCCAGGAACUCAUGGCUUCGAACCUUAUGAGACUGGCCGUCAACUCAGCCCUAUUCAGAGCGUAGCUAGCGAUCGCACUCAGACCCAUGGCGAUCAAUAUUCCAACAAGUACCAUGACGGACCCCAAAAGGAGAUGGAGCCUCGUCUCUCAAUUGAGUCGUUGUCCUCUGCACCUAGCACCAACCUUGCGCGAUCCACUCGCCAAGGGGUGAGCCCCGGAAGUCAGAGUGCCUUCUCCAAAUAUGGCGAAGAGGGCCCUGAACUUGGGUAUGAACAAUCACGCCACGUGUAUCCCGAGGAUGAUAUCUUCGGUCAUGAGGAGGAGUCCAAGCUUUCCUAUGGCCAAGAAGAUAGUGAGGUUGAUUUCAUGGAUCGGGUCAAGCAGGGACAGCAUGUGACACCUGCCAUCGCUGCCAACCCGCAGUUCGUCCAAGCCAUUGGUAUCGAAUCAAACGUUGCUUCUUUGAUGGACCCCUCAAUUUUAGAGACUCAGUCCUAUCAGUCUGGCAGUCGUUCACAGACGGAUUUAGCCCCGCGAUCUCAAAGCAGAAGCCGAAGCCAAAGCCCCGAGAAGCCUGCCAGCGAAGCAUACCGUGGAAGUCCUCUUAAACAGCGUCAAGAUGCGUCCAGCCCCGAUGAGACGUCUUUCACGCGCCGAAUGGGUGUCACGUCGCCUCCACAGAGCGUGACACAGUCAAUCGAAGACCUGGAAGAGGCAGGUAUGAUGGCUGCAGCCGCUCGUGGUAUUGACCGUGGUCUUGAUAGCCCCCUCCUCGAGGCAGACCAUCGUAGCCAGGAAUCCGAGUCUGAAAUCAAUACAAACCCCUCUAUCAUCCAAGGCCCGAUUGGUGGUAUGGCUCAAGGAAAUGGCGAUCACUGGGCAUAUGACUCGCGAUCCCCGCCUGCUGGACAGGUUCCGUACUAUGACCCCAAUCCGGCUGGAGCAGCCAAGAACCCGGGUGCUCAACCGCGUGGCCUCGAUGCCGAGUAUUACGAGACCGCCCGGAACAUUUUCGGCGGCGAUGACUAUUACCCUGAUCAGCGAGCCCAACAGCUGUUUGACACGCCACCUGGGGUUAAAGACGAAGGCUACGUCUCGGCUGCUAAUCCUGUGUCUCCGAGCGUUGGUACCCCCAAACAAGCAAGCCGAGGCAUCGGAGCUGCUGAUGCCUUUGAUACCCCCGCGGACGUGGAGGACUUUUCUGGUAAUCCGCGUCACUUCAGCGGUUAUUCUCAUGGAGUUGGCUCGCCGCUCUAUGAUAGUGCUACUGGUCAUGGCAUUGAGAGGAUAAAGUCCAAGGACAUUGUUGCUCUCAUGGAUCAUCUCACCGUCCGUGAUGCCCAGCGCAAUGCUCGGGAUACCGAGAUGUUGGUCACCCUCGUCCGCAGUGCUGCUGAGAUGCGCACCUCCUUUGACGAGAUGAAGAAAUUUAUUGCCCAGCAAGAUGAGUUGCUCCUUGAUUCCACCGAGAAGCAGCAUGAACGCCUCAAUCAAGUCCUUGGUGGUCCUCGGCCGCUGCCUCCUAGUGGAUCUCGUAACCGCCAACUGAACCUUGAGGACGAAGAGGAUCUGCAGUCCAAGCGGAAGAAUAUUUUCAAGCGAGCUCUCAAAGGAUUGAGUCUCAAGUCGGGCAAUGAUUUGUCCAAAAUUGAAGGCAUGCUGGAACAGCUGCUUGACGAAGUCGAAGCUCUGCGAGAAGGUCAGGGCGUGGCCAGCCCGCGUGCAGCCGCUCGCAUGAGUGUCGAUGUGAUUGACAAUGGUAUCACUCAGGGCAAUCGUUCUCUUUACACGUCGAGCCCAGCUCGGCAAGCUAAUGCAGAUCCGCGGGUCAGCACCGUUCCUGAGGAGGAUGAAGAGGACGAUGAGCUUGAUGAGGGUGAUCCGUACAUGACUUCCCACCUACCUGUGCAAGACUUUGCCCGCCACGAAAGAGCUGGAUCUCUUCCCCUUGCUACACCUCCCCGCAAGCCACUAGCCUCGGGGACCCGAAGCAACGAGACAACACCCAAGGCUCCUGUUGACAAGGCCGAAAAGGCGCGCAAGCACAAGUCAAGCAGUUCAUCGAUCUUCCCCAAGUUCUCGCGCUGGUCCAAGACCACCGCUUCAUCCAUGGGGGAUAACCUCCGCAACAGCAUGCAGCCUGGACGGAAGGAGCGUCCAUAUUCGGAAAAUCUGUCUCGAUCCGGGUCUGAUCUUGCACAGGAUGCGUACCAAAAGACUGCUGAUUACUACGACCCCGAGGGUGAUGAUCGCCUCCGCUCCUCGUACAGCGCGGACGACCAGCAAGAGAACCGGCCCCCAUCCCCACUGGUCCCUUCUCAAGUUUCCGAGGCCCCCAAGUACCGAGCUCACCGUGGAAGUCUCGAUCUCCAGCACCCCCAGCCCCGACAGGGACCAACUGGACGCUUUCAGUCCGCCCUGGAGACCCAAGCACAAGCCUUCGCCACUCCUGGAUCACCCAACUCAGAGCGCUGGGGCUCCAACCCCACCCUGCCAGUCAUGCAGCCCAACCAGAACCGUUUCAGCGCUGGCAGCCGACUCUCCCCGAUCUCCGACGCAGGCUAUUCAGAGAACAGCUCCCGCGUAACAGGACCUCCGCGCCCUCCGAAGGUCAAAGACGAGGGGCCACUCAUCCCCGAGCGACCACCCAAGGUCCUCGAAGAUGAAGACCAAGCCUCGACUUCCUAUGGCGAUCGUGUUACUUCAAGGGGCUCCGCCAUCCGCUCCCCUCCCACCCGCAAACCAACAGGCCCUCGCCCCUUGACCUCUGGCGGCACUUACAGCCCCAGUAACAUCAAGCGCACCCGCUACCGAGGCAGUCCGAUGCAGAUCGACUAUGAGGAUGAAUAUUGA